UUCACUGUUCAUCCGCACCGGUGUGUGGCGCUGCGGCGACAGAUCGCUGUUCACGAGCCUGCGCGAGGAUCCCCGAAGAACCGUAAACAAAGAGAGCUAGCAGAGCAGGGUCACGGAACCACGGCUGCUGCUGCUAAAACAUCCGCUUGAAAGCAGGACACGUUGUUUGUCGAGCAUGCCCAGUAGCACAGCUCAACUCCUGGAGUCAGACGAUACUGAACCGGACCUCCCGGUACCGGUACAGAACCUGAGCGGGAUGAGCCUCCGGGAUGAAGAGAGUCCGUCAGAACUACAUGAUACUUCUCAUCUGGGUGUCCUGGGUGCGGUUUUGGACCUACAGCCCUUGUCCCAAACUGAAUCAGAGGAGGAAAACACUAACAAUAACAACAUCAUCAGGCAUGAUACUGAUCUGGAGCAGCUGAGGGCCCUGGCCCUCACAGCCAUGGAGGCCCCGGGGACCUGUGGGCUCUUCCUGGACGGGCCGGGCGAGUCCCAGGGUUACCAGGUUCAGGAGAACAUGAUGAUGGCGAUGAUGAUGAUGCAGGAGGGUGAGAGGUGUGCGCUCAAUACCAGGAGGAAGAGCGUUAACACAACAGAGUGCGUGAUGGUGCCCACAUCUGAGCAUGUGGCGGAAAUAGUUGGUCGGCAGGGUUGCAAAAUCAAAGCUCUGAGAGCAAAGACCAACACUUACAUCAAAACCCCGGUGAGAGGAGAGGAGCCCAUGUUUGUAGUGACCGGCCGGAAGGAGGACGUCAUCACGGCCAAGCGAGAGAUUCUGUCUGCGGCCGAGCAUUUUUCCCUCAUCCGGGCGUCUCGGAACAAAGUGGCACCAACAAACAGCAUUCCUUGCCAUCCGGGACAGACCACCAUCCAGGUUCGGGUGCCGUAUCGAAUGGUAGGGCUCGUGGUGGGGCCAAAAGGAGCGACUAUCAAGAGGAUCCAGCAGCAAACCCACACUUACAUCGUCACGCCAAGCCGCGACAAAGAACCGGUGUUUGAGGUGACCGGGAUGCCAGAGAACGUAGACCGAGCUCGGGAUGAGAUUGAAGCUCAUAUUGCGAUGCGCACCGUGGGAAGCGUGGACACCACUGUGGACGAUGACGAUUUCCACUACAACGGCACCGAUGUUGGUUUCGAUUCGGGCAGCAACGGAGCCUGGCUCUUCUCCGGCGGCGUUUCAAACUUCCACAGGAAUGCCGCAGGGUAUCGCAACGACAGCUCCAGCUCGCUCGGAAGCAACUCUAGCGAGUCUUACUACAGCGGGAAAGGCAGCGCAGUGGCGGAUCUCAGUCCCGGGAACAGCGGUGGCACAUUCUGGUUUGGCGAUUCCCACUUGCCUUUGGGAUCUGAAGAUCCUGCGGGUUACGAUGGGCUAACGAUGACAGCGCCAUCCGCCAAUCCCACAUUGUGGAGCACUCUCGAGCGAGGAGGAGCGAGUUUGCCCACUACGCCGAGGUUCUCUCCGUCCCGUCUGUCUCCGUCUCCUCCGGAGGAUUAUCCGCUGGUUCGGUUGGUGCAGGAGAAUUCCCAGAGCCUCCCAGCCUUUGGCUCCGCAUUUUCCCCAUCUAGCGACAGCACAGGCUCCAGCUCUCCGCCGGAUGUGCGCACUUACCCCAAACACAGCCAAGUUCCUGCGUGCGUACGCUGUGGAGACAACGUGGCGACGCUCGUCCUGGGUGCGCAAAACCUCAUUUGUUUGGAGUGUUCCAACUCCAUCCUGCAAAACGCAUAGAGAGAGGAAAAAAAUCGGGAGGGGGAGGAGUUAACUGGGUUAAUUUUUUACAUUGAAAUACUUCUUCCUUAUUACGUUGAAAUAACUGGGAAAUGCAGGUUUUUGAUUAAUAACCACAGUUGAGUUCAUCUCAAAGUUUAGCUGUCGCGUCGUUCUUGCGGCGAGCAGCGCUGGGGUUUAGCAGUGCUAAAUUGCCAUCACUUUUUGUUGUUUUGUUUUCAAAGUUUGUUUACAUUUCCAUGUGCCUGAUUUCAUGACGGUGGUGGUGUGGAUUGGCGAUGUUGCUGCGAAAGCAUCUGUGGCCUUUAGUUUCUGUUUCACAACACUAGAGUCGAGCAGUACGCGAUCAUAAAGAGCUGUCCUGAACUCCACCUAGGGACCGCUUUGAGCAUCUCCGGACGCAAUACGAAAUCUAAGGGCAUUGCAUGUCCUCAUUAUAGGAAUAGUUCACCCUAACAUUAAAAUUUGCUGAAAAAGUACUCACCUCACUUCUUCAUUAGAACAGAUUUGGAGAAAUUUAUCAUUACAUCACUUGCUCUCCAAAGCAAAAAGCUUUAUUAAGGAUAGCGGACCCUUAUUUUUGACGUUAAAACAUCUUGAUUAGGCAACUCUUCACUUCACAAGAUGUUAACUGAUGGACUGGAGUGGUGUGAUGUUUGGACUCUCAUUCUGACGGCACCCAUUCACUGCAGAGCAUCCACUGGUGAACAAGUGAUGCAAUGAUACAUUUUUCCCAAACUGUUCUGAUGAAGAAACAAAAUCUUGGAUGGUCUGAAGGUGACAAAAUUUUCUGCAAAUUUUCAAUUUCAGGUGAAGUAUUUUGUGAGCAAAAUGAAUUUGCGUGAAUGAAUUGCUCAGGAAUCAGUUUGUGCAUAAAUUACUGUGUUAAACUCUCAAAUAACACACAGGUAGUUUUUAGAUCAAUUUAAACAUUGCUUGUGUUUCAAGCCGAUUUCACAUUCAAUUAAAUGUUUCCAUCCACAUAUUUGUAUGCAAAAUUUGGGAUAUCGGAUUUAAAAAGCUGGAUGGAAGUAGUGUUGUCAAACGAUUAAUCGUGAUUGUGUAAAUUAAAUGUUUCAUGCACGAGGCCCUUUUUCGUAGCUUGCAUUACAGUAUGUGUUUAUGACUCCUCUCGCGCCAGGACAUCACACGGUGUCAUACUGAGAGGAGCGAGUCAUUUAGGACCUGAGAGGAGUGAUUUUGUCAAAGAUAAUGUUGUAUAAACCUCUCAAAGUGUAGGUUGACACGGCUACUUGCGCCUGUUUACUUUGUGCAAACACCACUAAACUCCGAGAAACUAAGGCAUGAGAGAUCCAUAACCUCUCAAGAUUCACCUUGAAAGUUUUUUUAUUUUAUUUUACAAUUUUGUAGUAUUUCUGUAGUUUAUAUUUCAUAUUCAAAUACAUAUAUAUAUUAAGAUUUAAGAUAUAUAUUAAGACUAUCUGGCGAGCAGUCGCUGCCGUAAAUAUUAGCUUGUAGAGUAUUGAUGUUAGGUACAAUAGAGCAGGAAAGAGCACACCUGCAUGUUUUAUUAUCUAACGAUUCCUAAACUGCAACAAAAAAAGCCAAGGAUCCAAUAUAGAUAUAGACAUACAUGCUGCAUUAGGUCUGCAUACUACCACAUUAUGAACAAAAUAAAAGUCCUACUUUAAACAUGACUAGGAAUUUUAUGUUUAUCAGAGGGAUUUUUUACCAACACACUGCAACAAUGUUUCUGUAGUUGAUCAUUUUACUGUUCUUUUAAUAUGUAUAUACAUUUAUGCAGGGACAUGAAGGCAUAUAAGUUGUAUUAUUAAAGUUUAAAAUAUAUUUUAUGAUAAAUGGCCUUACUGUCCAAAGCACUGAUAUUAUAUAUUUGCUGUAAAAAAGAAUCAAGAUUUUUAUUUUUCUGAUAUUAAAAGUUACUUAAUAAAUUGUUUCAUUUAAAACCAA